AAAAACCUGCUUGGCCGCGCACACACAAACCUUGUUGGCGAAUAUCCAAACCUUCGCCAGAUUUCCACCUGCUUCUCUUCCUUUUCACAACCUCUUUCUUCCGCCAUCCUCUCCCUCUCACCACCCACCAUCCACCAUCACCACCCUCUUCCCCCACCAUCUUCUCCCCUCGCUCGCCCUCUCUCACAAAGAGAUCGUUCUUUUUCGCCGCUUCGAGGCGAUUCCAAAGCUCCCUUUCUUUGUGCUUCGCAUCUCGCACGAACAAAGCCAGCAUCAAAGAUGUCUGGCGCUCAAUCACCCACCGGCGAGAAGCCACAAACGGGCAGCGACCCGAUCUUCGAGCAGGCCACCGCCGCCGCUCCCUCCACCGCCGGAGGCGACAAUCCCGCCGCUUCCUCCGCCGCCGCGCGCGGUUUCAACUUCGCCGAUUCGGCCAGGCCUCCUGUCUUUGGGGGUGGAAACAACACCGCCGGCCAGGCAAAGCCGCCUGUCGUCAAGGCACCAAGCGUGCUCAAAAACAUGAACGCGAAGAAGACGCAGCAGGGCUACAAGUACACGCCGCCCACCAUCCCAGGCCCCACCGAGGCACAGAAAGCCGAGCUCGCAGCCAAAAGGGCCGGCCUCCCCACACCCGCUCCUCCCGCCCCCACACCCUUGCAGCUGGCCAUGCAGGUCGCCAACGAUGCGUUCGCUUCGUAUCUGAAGAACCAGGCGGAUCCCGAGUCGAAACUCCGCAUCUCCACGCAGCGCAUCGCCGAGCUCGAGGCGACCGUCGCCAGAGACUACGAAACGAUCGCCGCCUCCGAACAGAAGUUCGCCGAGCUCGAGAAGGAGCACAGCGAGCAGUCGAAGCACUUUGAAUUGAUCAAGAGGCAACACCUCGAGAAGACCAUCGAGUUGGGGAAGAAGCUGCAUGAGCUGCACCCCUUGACCCAGAUCAAGAACCAGUUCGAGUACAUCAAACCCAAGUACGAUGAGCUCAAAGACGAGUACGCCGGUUCGCAAGCCGAACUCAAGCUCCUCCAGCAACAGCACAGUGCCAGGGGCAACAUCAUCCGGCAGCACGAGAAGGAUGUGGCCGACAAGGACGCCCUCAUCACAAAGCUGCAAGAGACCGUCGCGGCGCGCGAUGCCACCAUCAUCGGCCUGAACGAGCUCGUCGACGAAUUCAAGGGAGUGGAAGAGGAGAGUGAGAAGAUGGCACUCGACUGCAUGGCCAUGGAGGAGAAGAUCAACGCCGCCCAGGCGGGUCUCGAGGAGAUCUUCUCGGAGCUGGGCAAGGGCCUGGACCUCCCUGCCUUCCUCCCUCACAUCAGGGAGCUGAAGGAGGGUGCCACCCCGCCGCCCCGCCCCAUCCUCACCCCCCGGCCCCGUCCCCGCCCUGGCCGGAUUGCCGGUUUCCGCCUCAUGCCGUCCGCUGCGCCAUCCACCACCGGCGCCGCCACCGCCACCCCCUCCGCCGCCCUUCCCGCCGUGGGGAGUGCACCCACCGCCGUCGUCGCCGCCGAGGCUGAGGGGUCCGCCCCGAAGUCUCCGGUCGGCCCGGUUGGUGGGGCCUCCGCCACCGAGGAGGUUGCCUCCGCUCCGCCGGCCGCCGAGCCGGUGAGCUCCACCGCCGUCUCCGGCCUGGAGAUGGUCCCGUUCACGGGCCGUCGCCUCGCCGCCCCGGAGCCGGAUCCUCUUGCGUGGGUGUCCCGUCGUCCUCGCGCCCCCCGCCCCGCCCUGCCCGCUCUCCGCUUCCCGGAGACCAAGCGCCUGCCGAUGCUGCCGUGGAUUACCACCACGGACUGCGCCGUGCAGACCUCGCCGGCGGAGACGCGCGCCGUCGGCGUGCAGACCUCGGAGCGGAGCAAGGUGGUGGGGAUGAUCCCGGUCCGUUCGGGAGCUGGGUCUCUCCGCCGCCUGCGCCUCCCCUCCUGGCAGCAACUCCUCCUCCUGCUGCUGGCGAUCAUCGUGGGAUGGUUCGCCUACAUCACCAUCUCCUCCCACCUCGCGUGGUCCUACGCCAACGACGUCUCCUGGAUGGACCCCUCUCCUUCCUGGGCCGCCGACUCCCGCGUCAUGCUCGCCCUCUGCCAGAACAUCGAGUGGCUGAUCGGGUACGAGCACAUUGUGCUGGCGUGAGAGCGGGAAUGUAGCCUCACGGCACUCCCCCUCUCAGGGACACUCCUCCUUCUUCUUUCAAUGGCAGGGCGUUUCGGGGUCUUUCUUUUGCUUCCAAGAUACCCCGUGACAGCGAGACGGAACAAUUCGGGCGUUGCUUUGUGCUCUUUUGCUUUUUACCGCCUUCUGGCUUCGGAUUUCUCGCAACUC